AUGAAUAUCGGCCAACACCAGACAGAAGCAGACGACUGCUGCACUGUGGCCUUGCGCCAGAGUAGCCCUGAAGAUAUAGAGAUAAAUAAAAAGAAUUACAUUUGUUUUUUCUUACUUUCUCAGCCUGGAGAUGAAAUUUUUCCUACAGAUGAGAAUGGCAAUUGGAUAUUUCACCAGACAAAUCUGUGUGCUACUUGGGAAGCUUUGGAAGCUUGCAAAGAUGCUGGCUUGGUGAAAUCUCUUGGUGUAUCCCAUUUUAACCGCAGACAGCUGGAGCUAAUACUGAACAAACCAAGACUCAAGUAUAAGCCAGUCUGCAACCAGGUAGAGUGCCAUCCAUAUUUCACCCAGAGAAAACUCCUGGAAUUUUGCCAACAACAUGACAUUCUCCUGGUUGCAUUUACUCCUUUGGGGAUCUCUAAGGAUCGAGACUGGUUGAGUACAUAUUCCAAACCUUUGUUAGAGGAUGAACUUCUAAACUCAUUGGGGAAAAAGUACAAAAAGACUGCAGCUCAGGUUGCUUUGCGUUUCAACAUCCAGCGAGGGAUAGCUGUCAUUCCUAAAAGCUUUGACCCUAAAAUUAUCAAAGAAAACUUUCAGAUCUUUGACUUUUCUCUCACUACAGAAGAAAUGAAGAGCAUCGAAACCUUGAAUACAGAUGUCCGCGUAGUGCAUCUGCCCAUGUUGUCUGAUCAUCCUGAAUAUCCAUUCCAUGAUGAAUACUGACUUCAGAGAGCUCCUGCACUUAUUUUUCCCUGCGUGUGUACCAUGACCUUUGGCUGGGUGCUUCCCCCACACGUGGAAGUGAAAAGGGUUUUACUAUCCUCAGAUG